CAGAGGACACCCCUGAAGUAACCUCACGGACUAAUGGGGUUUAUACUGCUGAGCUUGAUUCUCUGGUACUGGAUCAACACCGUGGAGGGAUCAUGUUCAGCUGGCAGCGCUGUGACCUGUGAUGAGUGUCUGCAGCUCAGCUCUCAGUGUGCCUGGUGCUCACAGGAGAAUUUCACAGACUGGUUUUCCGUCAGCGAGCGAUGUGACGCACUGGACCACUUAUUAGAAAAGGGAUGUGCCAGGGACCAGCUGGAGUUCCCUGUUUCCAUGGGUCAAGUUUUGCAAGAUCACCCGCUUGGAAAGAAAACAAACAACGACAACAGCACCCAGAUCUCCCCACAGAAAAUGGCACUCAAGCUGCGACCUGGCCAUAAGGUGACUUUCCAGGUCAAGAUUCAACACACAGAGGACUAUCCUGUGGACAUCUACUACCUAAUGGACCUGUCAGCAUCCAUGAUUGACGAUCUGAUGAUGAUCAAAGACUUGGGCUCCACGCUAUCUAAAGAGAUGGCCAAGCUAACCAGUAAAUUUCGAAUGGGCUUUGGUUCCUUUGUGGAGAAACCUGUAAUGCCCUUCAUCAAGAUCACAGAAGAAGAGCUGGCUAACCCCUGCAGGGGUGUAGGCUCACACUGCCUGCCAACAUUUGGCUAUAAACACGUCUUGUCUCUGACGAGUAGCACUGACAAGUUCAACAACAUAAUCGCAAAGCAGCGUGUUUCAGCAAAUAUUGAUGUGCCAGAGUGUGGCUUUGACGCCGUCAUGCAGGCAGCUGUUUGUGGGGACAAAAUAGGCUGGAGGAACGACUCGAUGCGUUUGCUGGUGUUUGUCAGUGAUGCUGACUCACACUUUGGGAUGGACAGUAAGAUGGCCGGCAUCGUGAUUCCCAACGAUGGUCAGUGUCACCUGGAUGUCAACAACGAAUACUCCAUGUCCACAGUACAGGAGUAUCCCACUCUUGGUCAGCUGAUUGAUAAAGUGGUGGAGAACAACAUCCUACUGAUAUUUGCUGUAACAGAAGGACAACAAAAUAACUACAAGAACUAUGCAAAUCUCAUUCCUGGCGCCACAGUUGGAGUUGUGGCGAGGGAUUCGCGGAACAUCCUGGAACUGAUUGUAACAGCGUACAAAGAACUGCGUUCGGAGAUCGAGCUGGAGGUCCUUGGUGAAACAGAAGAGCUCCACAUGUCUUUUACAGCCAUUUGCCCCAAUGGGACCGUCCUCCCUGAUCUGAAACGCUGCUCCAACAUCAAACCUGGAGAAACGGUAGUGUUCAAUGUGACUGUGGAGUUGCCAGAAUGCCUGUCUGGAGUCCAGCACUUUUCCCUGAAGCCGGUGGGUUUACAGGACAGUCUGGAUGUGGAACUGGAGUCUCUCUGCUCGUGUGACUGCAGGCAUCCUCCUGAAGCAAACAACAGCCAGUGCACCGAGGGCCAGGGGGCUUUCCAGUGUGGAGUGUGUGUGUGUCACCCGGGGUUCCUGGGAGCUGAGUGUGAAUGCAAUGAGGAAAGCGCUUUGUUGAACAACUGCCUCGCAAACAAUGAGUCUGAAAUAUGCAGUGGUCAGGGGCAGUGCUACUGCGGAGAGUGUGUGUGUCAUGCAUCCAGUUUUGGACGCAUCUAUGGACCCUUCUGCGAGUGUAACAACUACUCCUGUGUUCGUUUUCGUGGGGAGCUCUGUGGAGGCCACGGGGUGUGUGACUGCGGGGAGUGUCACUGUGGAAGCGGGUGGACAGGGGAGUACUGUAACUGCAGCAGCAGCAUUGAGGCGUGCAUGUCAGAGGAUGGCGCUCUGUGCAGCGGGCAGGGAAAGUGCGAGUGUGGCCACUGUGUGUGCUCGGUACCUGGAGCAUCUGGGGACAAGUGUGAGAAGUGCCCAACAUGCGGGGACGCCUGUAGCACUGCAAGGGACUGUGUAGAGUGCCAUCUGCAAGAUGAGAAUGAUGCCGAGUUGUGUGAUCAAAAGUGCAGCAUCCAUAAAAUAUCCAUCAACAAGACGGCAGAUUAUGACAAGAGCCCUUCUAUGAAAUGCAAGCUGAUGAUAGAGAAUGAGUGCUGGAUCUCAUUUUAUGUGGUGGGGCGUGAGACAGGGACCACGGCCUAUGAUCUCCAGAUGUUUGGUUGCCCGGAGCCACCUGACAUCCCCAUGAUUAUUCUUGGCGUCUCCCUAUCCAUUGUAUGUAUCGGCCUGAUCCUCCUGGCUGUUUGGAAGGUGCUCGUAUCGGUCCACGACCGCAAAGAAGUGGCCAAGUUUGAGGCCGAGAGGGCAAAGGCAAAAUGGCAGACGGGGACCAACCCUUUGUUCAAAAGCUCAACGUCUACAUUCAAGAAUGUAACUUAUAAGAAAACAGAGAGAGAAAAGAUCAUGCUCGGUCACUACUGAGGAAAACCCAGAGGCAACAACAUCCAAGUGCACUUAUAUAUAUGUGUGUGUGUGUGUGUGUGUGUGUGUGUGUGUGUGUGUGUGUGUGUGUGUGUGUGUGUGUGUGUGUGUGUGUGUGUGUGUGUGUGUGUGUGUGUGUGUGUGUGUGUGUUUGAAACAGAGAGAAGAAAUGUUGUACUUAAUGUAUCUUUGAAUCUGUAUUGAAUCAGAGAUGUUAUCAAUAACACAGUAGACAACACUGUGAACAGACAACAUUACCUGAUGAUUUGCUGCUGUAAACGUGCACUGUCGAUAUACUGUUAAACACUGCACUUUCCUGAUGCAAGAUCCUACAAACUUUAACUUUGUCUACUGUAAAAUUCUGCUUGGGAAGGAUGAGUCUAUGCUACAAGUGACUACUACUGAAACUUUUUUUUAAAAUUCUAAUAUAUGUUAUAUACAGGUGGAUUGUUAUGAUUUUUUUUUAUAUUGUGUUUGUUUGUUUGUUUGUUGGUUCAUUGUCAAGUAAGGCUGAGCCUUAAAUGUUGACAAUUUAGUUUUUUAAGUGGCACAUAAAUAAAGUGGAAUGUUGACUGUU